CACACAGACUACCUGAAAUUUGAAAAAAAAAAUCGAAUGAAAUUCAUCCUUUUUGCUGAGAAAAUUUAACGAAAUCACUCAGAUAGAUAUAUGUUAUUACUUUUACAAGAUGGCUGAUCACUAUUGUCUUCUUUCACUUCUCAGUUCUCCUUAGGGCAGCUCACCCAGACGACAGGUUCUAGAAGGUAGGAACCGUGUCUGAGUGUUCACUGAUGUAUUUCAGAACCUAGUACAUAGAUAUCAAUAAUAUUUAUUUGAAUGAAGGAAUGAAUAAUUAUAAUUGCGUGAUUUUCUGAUUACAUGGUCUGCCCCAAACUAUUUCCAAACUUCUAAUAACCCACCAGAUUAUUACAUGGAGAGAAUACAAUUGUAGCAAUUCUUUUCGAAGACAACGCAUGGUGGCGCUGCAGGCUAAGGCGUCAAAAAUAAAGCCCAGGAAACGCUACGAACUGUACCUCAGAUCUCCGGCGGAAGAGAAAAGCCAGUAAGCAGAGCUCAGAACUUGUACUGUCUCCAGAGAAUGCUACCCACUGACAUUGCCGGACAGGUUACCAACUGAGAGAUCCAUCACAUCUCAGUCCCAUCGCUCCCUAAGGUAGAGCUGGGCCCUGUUCCUGGAAAGGCGUUUGUGGAAGUAAAGAUGGAGGCUGGAGGGGAUCGCUUUCCUAAACAAAGGCAAGUCCUGAUUCUCUUUCUCUUGCUGGGAGUGGCUCUGGCAGGCUGGGAAUCCCGUCGCUAUUCCGUGACGGAGGAAACAGAGAGGGGUUACUUUGUGGCCAACCUGGCCAAGGACAUGGGGCUAGGAGUGAGGGAGCUAGCUGCGCGGGGAGCCCGCGUGGUCUCUGAGGAUAACGAACCCCGCUUGCAGCUUGAUCUGCAGACAGGGGAGUUGAUAUUAAAUGAGAAACUGGAUCGGGAGGAGAUGUGCGGCCCCACCGAUCCAUGUGUGAUGCAUUUCCAAGUGUUACUCAAAAACCCGUUGGGAGUAUUUCGAGCUGAGUUACUGGUGAAAGACAUAAAUGAUCAUUCUCCUGAGUUUCCUGAAAGAGAAAUGACGCUGAAAAUCCCAGAAAGUAGCCCUCCUGGGACUGUGUUUCCCCUGAAAAAAGCCCAAGACUUGGACGUGGGCAACAACAACAUUCAAAACUACGAUAUCAAUCCCAACUCUCAUUUUCAUGUUUCCACCCGAGACCGGGGGGACGGCAGGAAAUACCCGGAGCUGGUGCUGGACAAAGAGCUAGAUCGCGAGGAGCAGGCGGAGCUCAGAUUAACCCUCACGGCGCUGGACGGCGGCUCUCCACCCCGGUCCGGCACCGCCCAGGUCCGCAUCCUGGUCCUGGACGUCAAUGACAACGCCCCUGAGUUUGCGCAGACGCUCUAUCAGGUGCAGGUCCCAGAGAACAGCCCGGUAGGCGCCCUAGUCGUCAAGGUCUCUGCUAGAGAUUCAGACAGUGGGACAAAUGGAGAGAUAUCAUACUUCCUUUUUUAUACUUCUCAGGAGAUAAGCACAACUUUUGAGCUAAACACACUUUCAGGAGAAGUUCGACUAAUUAAAAAACUAGAUUUUGAGACAAUAUCUUCAUAUGAGCUGGAUAUAGAAGCGUCAGAUGGUGGGGGACUUUCUGGAAAAUGCUCUGUCGCCAUUGAGGUAGUGGAUGUUAACGAUAACUCUCCAGAACUAACUAUUUCCUCACUUACCAGCCCCAUUCCUGAAAAUUCCCCCGAGACAGAGGUGGCCCUGUUUAGGAUUCGAGACCGAGACUCAGGAGACAACGGAAGGAUGACUUGCUCCAUCCAAGAUGAUCUGCCCUUCCUCCUGAAACCAUCUGAAGAGAAUUUCUAUACUCUGGUUACAAGUGGGGCGCUGGACAGAGAAAGCCGAGCCGAGUACAACAUCACCAUCACCGUCACAGACAUGGGUACCCCCAGACUGAAAACCGAGCACAGCAUAACCGUGCUGGUCUCCGACGUCAACGACAACGCCCCGGCCUUCACCCAAACCUCCUACACCCUCUGGGUCCGCGAGAACAACAGCCCCGCCCUGCACAUCGGCAGCGUCAGCGCCACGGACAGAGACGCAGGCGCCAACGCCCAGCUCACCUACUCGCUGCUGCCGCCCCAAGACCCGCACCUGCCCCUGGCCUCCCUCGUGUCCAUCAACGCCGACAACGGCCACCUGUUCGCCCUCAGGUCGCUGGACUACGAGGCCCUGCAGGCCUUCGAGUUCGGCGUGGGCGCCACGGACCGCGGCUCGCCGGCGCUGAGCAGCCAGGCGCGGGUGCGCGUGCUGGUGCUGGACGCCAACGACAACUCGCCCUUCGUGCUGUACCCGCUGCAGAACGGCUCUGCGCCCUGCACCGAGCUGGUGCCCCGGGCGGCCGAGGCGGGCUACCUGGUGACCAAGGUGGUGGCGGUGGACGGCGACUCGGGCCAGAACGCCUGGCUGUCGUACCAGCUGCUCAAGGCCACGGAGCCCGGGCUGUUCGGCGUGUGGCCGCACAACGGCGAGGUGCGCACGGCCAGGCUGCUGAGCGAGCGCGACGCGCCCAAGCACAGGCUGCUGGUGCAGGUCAGGGACAAUGGCGAGCCGCCGCGCUCGGCCAGCGUCACGCUGCACGUGCUGCUGGUGGACGGCUUCUCCCAGCCCUACCUGCCGCUGCCCGAGGCGGCGGCCGAGCAGGCGCGGGGCCGACCCGCUCACCGUCUACCUGGUCGUCGCGCUGGCGUCGGGUGUCGUCGCUCUUCCUCCUG